UUGCUAUAGCAAUGGGAUCACAAGUCUCUCCCUUUUCUUGUCUCCAUUAGUGAAGGUAUACAUGUAUGUCUCACCAGCCAAAGCAAUCAUACUUCUUUAGUCAAAGGAGGAGAGUUCUUGUACGUCGGACCCGCAAACACUUAGACUCUCUCUCUGUCUUCGGAGACAAGAAGGAGCCUGUACUUAGCUUUAGACCAAAGGCCAUCAAAGAAGGAGACGAAGGGAAGCAAAAGUCUUAUCCUAAAAGACCAGCCUCUGCUGUCUCUAGGCACAGUGUUCAGCUGCCUCCGGUGGAUGCUACUGGACCUCAUCUGACUACCAAUAAUAACACUGCAACACAAGAUCAAAGGAAGCGUCGUCGCUCCCAAGUCAUCAAAGAGGAGGAGAAAGAGGAACAGGAACAACAAGAGGAGGAGGAGCUUGAGGUGAUACGGUCCAAUCAACCUCGUUACAAAUUUGACGAACUUAAGAUCAUCUCGGCCGGGAUCCUAUCAAACUUAACGCAGCGAUUCAAAGCAAUACCAGAAGAAAUCAACGUCCCAGUCUCCAUUGCACAACUAGUGACAUUCACCUUCUACCAGCUAGUGAUAGACACUAUCGUUGACAAGAGGGAGUGGCAGACAGACGCUUACUUAGAUUAUAAACCAAAGGAAGAGAAGGAAAGUAGUACAAAGGACAUUAGACUGGCUAAAGGUAUUGCAAAGAUGUCCCAAGGCGAUAUAGAGAGACCACUCACUGCCAAGAGCACUGCUUCUGGUGUCUCUAUCAAAUCUGAUGUAUCACGUGACAGCUCUCAUGAAGCAGCUGCAGAGUAUGAUAAACUCCCGCCUGAAUUAAGAGGACCAGCUCACGGGCCUCAGAUCUUAAGGUAUAGGCGAGAGUCUCAAGCACCUUCUCGUAAGAUCCUGGGGCCUAAGACGAGACUGGAGAAGUUUCAGUCAAUGAAGAAGAAAGCUGAGAAAGAAAAAAUGUUAAAGAAAGGGAAGUCAAGAGCUAAUUUAGGAUUGAAAGAACUUGAGAAAAAUGAAGAAAAAGAAAUUGAUAUUUCCAGCAUACAGUCAUCACUCAUUAAAUUCUCUCUCGGUUCAAAACUCUGUGCUGAUCAAGGUUGGAUAGUUCACCCCAGUCAGUCCCAAGACCCUGAAGGUUACACCCUCAACCAGUGGGCCACUGCUAAGCUAAAGGAGGCAAUGAGACAGCGAGAAGAAGCUAAACUAACCGCCAAACUGAGAGGAGAGGAUGGUCCUCUUCUAGUAUCCUAUUAUAGUGACAGUCACUCUCGCUCCUUCAGAGGUCCAAGACACCAUCACCGUACGACCAGUCUACCAUUACCGUCCGUCCUUAGUAAACUGCCCCCUAGCUUGCUAGGCAGUGCAGUCUCUUCUGAGACUCAUCCUUCUCCUGUCUUUAUGUCCUCGGAUGCUCCAUUGGCUCUCUUACAGUUACCAGAUGGAUCAGGAUUGUGCAAUUAUUAUUCUGGUAACAUAGCUGUAAGCAUGAGCAGAAAGGGAGAUGGUUCAAGAGGUCUAUACACUCUAGUGUUUGAUAAUAAUGACUCACACAACCUUCUUGCUUACUUCAUGCCUGAUGGACGUGCUGCCUGCUAUUACAGAAAUGGAUUAAUAUACAUGCUUACUGAUGCUAAGGGAGGAAAGCUAUUAGACGAGGACGGGCACUUGAUUCGUGAUUGGGAGUGGCCAGUUCUGCCUCAGAGAAUGUCCCAGUCAAUAUUACUACAGCUCAAUACUCACAUUGCUGUCCAGAUUACUGGCAGGACACAAAUGACUCUAAAGUUUUCCUGUCACGGGCAAAUGUUACGUUUUCCUGUUGGAUUGAUACCGGAGGCUUUGGAUCAGGAAACUAGGAAUGAAUCUUUUUGGAUGAAAAAAUCUCACAUUAUUUCCGAUACUUUACAAACAUCGUUAACCUUUCAAUCUCAAGCAGCCAAAUCUGCCUCUCUGUCUGAUACUGAGUCUAUUCCUGUCACUUUACCAAUGACUGCUUCUAGCGCUAAACCUCGCAGUAGAGGCCUCGCCACUCAAGAGAGCAGGAGGUCUUUGGGCGGAGCUAGUAAGAAAGGGGAGGAGCUUAUGGAGUCUCAUAGUCAGUCCGAGUGGGAUAGGAUAGGGAGUGGAAAAGAACUGGAGGAUUAUCGUACUAAAGUCUCUACGAUAGUUAAUGACUGGUUGGGUCAUUAUCGUCAGUUGUUAGGUAUUAAAGCUCGUAAUAACAGCAUCAAUGGUCUACAGUCACUAUCAGGAUCAACUCAUCAGUUGUGGUCAUCGCUUAACUUGAGAUCUCAUCCUGGAUCACGUCCACAGACUCGUCUCUCAACUCGUAGAUCCACUCACCAUCUCUUGAACCUCCAGUCCUCGUCCUUGACACUGCUACCUUGCUCCUCUUCUCUGCCUCUUCACGUUAUUGAGAGCAGAAGUGCGACACCUGCACCUGCUCCACUCUCACAAUCACCAGCACCAGUAGUGGGAACCUCACCAACACCAAACCUACCAAUGUCACCGUUCAAUGACCUUAUAAUUGAGCGACCAAAGUCACAGGAUCAGGUCCAGCCUUUCAAAGUAGGACGGGCUAAACCGAAGCCACGCCCACCUCAUUCGAAUAAAUGUGGAUGUCCUGUUGCACUACAUGAGAUGAUUGUUAGGAAAUUAACAGAACCACCACAAUGCAAAUGUGACAGGCGGCGUCUCCCCCUUAUUCGUGACGUAGAGUUUGAUGUGUUCAUGAGUAGUCAUGUACCAGACGAGCAAAUCAUUGUAGUGGUCAUCACUCAUUCCAAGAGGUCAGUGAUAUGUGAGCCACUUCUGGAAAGUAUCAAUUAUACCUGUAAUAGAAAUCGUAGCUCUCCCUGCCAUCAGAGCUCUGGGGACUUGUUUAGGAUUUUCAAAUAUGACCUCUCCAAAUCAAUUGAUGACCUUAACAUCACUGGUGAAGGAUUACUGGCUAAGAGGCAUGGUAUUAAGGUUGGAAUGUUUCUGAUAUACAUGGGUCAGCAGUUACUGGGGGGUUAUACAGGGUUUAAUGGAUAUGGGACUACAAAAAGAGACUUUAUAAAACAGAUAAGAGAAUCUGCUGAGGCUGGAAAAAGAGGUCAUUUCCUACCGGUAGAUUUCAAGUUCACGGAUGCUUCAAUUGGAUCUAAAAUUCACAGCCAAUCACUCUGGGCUUACCCAGUAGCAGGUGUUCUUGAUGAAUUUGUGUCCGUCACUCCAAGCUCUCGCUCGUCUUCCUCCAGUUCAUUUGUACAAGGACUUUCAUAAAAAAGUAUUGACGCAAUCGAAUGAUGACUCUCUUUCCUCUUCAAAGAAACUCAAUGGCAUGACGUACUUUUGUAAAUAUUUAAUUCUUUAAUGUGCUAGUUUUUAUAAUAAUAAUAUUAUUAUUAUUAUUAUAUUAUUUUUAUUAUUUAUUUUUUAAUUUUGAUGGAAUUCCAGCAAUGCUUGUAUAAAACUUCCCAUUGUG